GAAUGCUCUGCGCAUCAAGGAAGUUACACAUGUGCAGUUCUGCAACGGAGGGUUGUUCAAAUUUAUACCUGUAGAGAUUUUUCUUAGCUAUACUGAUCAAGUAUAAUUUUUAUAAUUAAUAAGACCUUUCUGUCGGUAUAGCACUGUGCUUUUUAACUGAUAGACAUACAUGGAUCGCGGCAGUGAUCCGGAUGACGCGGGAAGGGCGUUAAGCAGCUCGCCUGGCUCUGCACGGGACCUUACGGACUCCGCACAAAUGGACCGCAACCCCUCGCCACCUCCAGACCUGGACGGGGCUGAAUCUGGGGAGGAAGGGGAUGCCAUCGGUGAGACUGUCUACAGCAAACACUGGCUCUUCAGUACUUUGACCCGGCUGGUACAGUCUGUGACAGAGCAGGAGGAAGGUGAGCAGGAGAGCCAGGUGGAGCUGUCUGAAGAAGAGGAGGAGGAGCUCUGUAAGAUCUGGGACAUGGCCAUGGAUAAGGAUGUUGCUGGCUUCCUACAGGAGUUCAAGGCUCCCGAUAUCCUCCUUGGAGUGAUUGCUAAGUCCCGGAAUCCCCGGCUUACAGAAAUCUGUGUGGGUAUCCUUGGGAACAUGGCUUGUUUCCCCGACACGUGUCUGACUCUCAGUCAAAAUGAGGAUCUGGGAUCAGUGCUGCUACUCCUUCUUGGAGAUGCUGACCCACCAACACUGCUGGAAACAAGCAGGUUGCUGCUUACCUGUCUGUCCCAGUCUGAUGUCGCCCCCCUGUGGCUGGAGCGAGUGCGUCAGCAAAAAUCUGUUUACCCCAACCUGUGUUUCAUCAUGUGCAGCUCUACAAAUAUGGACCUCCUAGUGAAGGUCGGGGAGUUGGUGGAUAAGCUCUUCGACCUUGAUGAAGAUCUUAUGAAAAGUUGGAUCACAGCCCAGCCCAGUGAAGGUGAUCCUGACAGCCAGCUUCACAUCUCUACCUCUCUGCUGGAAGCCACCAAACAGCUUAGGACGGAGAGUCUGGAUAGCCUGGAGGUGUACCUGCAUGCAAUCCAGCUGCUCACUACGGUAGAUGAAGGAGUCCAGGUAUUUCUGGCAGAGGGCGAGGGACUAGGUAUGGAGGCCUGGAACGUUUUGAAGGGGCUGGUGUGUGAAGACCUUUGCCAGAUGGAUGACCCUCCAGUGAUUUUGCAGGAGCAGAAGGGCCUGCUAGCUCCUGCACUGGCUGUGCUGUCCACUCUGUUUCCCCGAUAUGGGCACCAGGGCGGCGACAUGGAGCAAAACCUGCCUCUUAUAGGGAGUCUGCUGCGGGUGCUGCAGUACUUACAGGCCUGCCAGCAGAGGGAGCUUGGCAACCACACUGACUCUGAGGCGAGUAAGGAUGAAGGGGAGGAAGAGGAUGUGCAGCUACAGGCCCUCAAAGAAACUACUGCCGAGUUCCUCGCCAGCAUUCUCACUGAUUUAACAAAAAGUGCGAUGGCCGAGCUGGUGAAGAGAGGAUACCUAACAGCAGAAACCUGUUUGCCUUUGGCAAACAGCCUGUUACCACAGCACAGGACUGCAGUAGAUCACAUGAUGGCCGCUCUGUCAGAAGAGGAGCCCAAGCUGGUAGAUGUGUUGAAGGGGAAACUCCCCGCCGCCAGGCCCUGAGCAGCCAUGCUGCUCGGCUCCUCCCCCCUUGCGGUCACAUGAGUCGUGCCAUCUGCUUUGCCCUCUGCCCCCACUGGUUGCUUGGGCAAACCUCUCCGGACUUCAUGCAGCGCAGCAUGGAGCUGAGUUACGGUGCCGGCCAGCCAACCAGCCGCCCCACAGGCUGUCCGCAUAGACGGCCCGUGUGAAUCGUGUCACACUCUCAGUCUAGCAGUGAGUGCACUGGCAGCGUAAAUAUGAGCCCGCUGUGUAAAGGGACAGCAUCCAGCAUCACGCUUAUACUGCCCAAGGUUUUCCACAGACUAUUCCCUCAUGACGGCAGUGUUUUGUCUUCCAAGCUCUUUUUUCCCCAGGAACUAAGGUUCUCUGACACCUGUGCUGUGAUCACUAGUGUUGUGAUGUGAGACUUGGUGUAUAAAGGAAUCAUCUGCUCAGAUAGACUUUUCUGGCUCUGCUUACUGUAGGCCAUAGAGGAACAGGACUGAAGUACCUACAGACAUCAUAUUAUUUAGUGUGUUUGUGUUUACACUGGCUUUGAAUCUCGGUUUGAUGGUAGCUGCAUGUAGAGAUUUGGUCUUUUAUUUCAGAUUAUUUCUUUAUGACUUCAUUAAAAGUAGCGUCUUUCUAAUAAAAGUUUUUCUAUAAGA